UCUCCUUGGUGGAUGGCACAUAUCCGUCCAGUCUCCUUCAGACCGUUCAACAGUUUAGAGAGAGGAAAAGAGCGAGCUCAAGUUGCAAGUUGUUUUUGUUUUGUUUUCCUUCUUUGUCAACUUGGCACGUUCGCUUAGACAAGCCAGACACAACGCGCACGAUCAUCGACAAUCACCUGGUUGCAGAGAGAACUUUGAUUGUUCACGCCAGUUCUUGUGGCUGUCAAUCAGCCAUUCAAAACAACAACAAAAAUUAUAAUAAUUAAAUCAUUUGAAUCAUUCAAGCGCUAGUUGAUCCAAUCAUCCGAUCCAGUUCUUAAACUUUCCAUAGUUUUCUUUUUCAAAAUCAUCAGCAGUACCUUUUGUUUUGUUUUCGAUUGUGAAAGAUAGUGCUUCUCUAUUCUAAAAGAAAAGUGAUACAAAAACAAAAGUUCAUUCCGACGGCCGAAUUUUUUGUAGCAAUUUGAAAAGAAAAAAAAAAAUGAGUUCGAUGCGGACGACCGUUGUUUUCGUGCUCGUGUUGAUGAUGGUCCUGCCUUACCUGGGCACGGCCAAAGGCCGAGGAAGAGGCAGCAAAUGGUGGGGAAUUGCCCGAGCCGGCGAACCCAACAAUCUCGUCUCGAAUUCCAUCAAGGAGAAUUCAAUCACGAAUUCGUACUUGGAUCCGGACGUGCACGCCACACUGAGACGCAAGCAGCGUCGGCUCGUUCGCGACCACCCAGGUGUCGUCGUGGCCGUAGCCAAAGGCGCCAAACAAGCCAUUUCCGAAUGCAAACAUCAAUUCAAAAACCGACGCUGGAAUUGCCCCACCAAGGACUUCCAUCGCGGACGCAAUCUCUUCGGAAAGAUCGUCGAUCGAGCUUGCCGUGAAACCGCCUUCAUCUACGCGCUCAUGUCGGCAGCAGUGACUCAUUCAGUGUCCCGCGCUUGUUCCGAAGGAGCCAUCGAAUCGUGCACGUGCGAUUACAGCCAACGUGGACCGUCGGGAGCCGACUGGGAAUGGGGCGGAUGCUCGGAUAACAUCCAGUUCGGCGUCAAAUUCUCUCGCGAGUUUGUCGACGCCGGAGAGAAAGGCCGCGACAUCCGUUACAUGAUGAACUUGCACAACAACGAAGCUGGCCGAGUGCACGUUUCGACAGAGAUGAGACAAGAAUGCAAAUGUCACGGAAUGAGCGGCUCGUGUACGGUGCGCACCUGUUGGAUGCGGCUUCCUUUCUUCCGGGUUGUUGGUGACAAUUUGAAGGAUCGCUUCGACGGAGCGUCUCGCGUACUAAUCAGCAAUACAGGACGGACGCCGGGCAACGGCCGAAAGAAGUACAACUACCAAUUGAAACCGUACAAUCCUGAGCACAAAGCGCCGUCGAAGAAGGACCUCGUUUACUACGAGAACUCGCCCAAUUUUUGCGAAAAGAAUCUGAAAUUGGGCAUCGCUGGAACGCAGGGCCGUGUGUGCAACGAGACGUCGAUCGGCGUCGAUGGAUGCGAUCUAAUGUGCUGCGGAAGAGGCUACAAAACGGAGGUGAAGGAGGUGGUGGAACGAUGCGCCUGCACUUUCCAUUGGUGUUGCGAAGUCAAAUGCAAAGUUUGCCGAACCAAGAAAACCAUCCACACUUGUCUAUAGAAAAUAUGCGAACCAAGUGAACGAAAUCAGACACCAAUUUUCCAGCUCCAAAAAGAGGCAAAGAACGAACAAAACCAACCAACGGGGGGCCAGAAAUUGGCCAAUCCAAGUGCCCCAAUUUUUUUUUUUUAAUUACUUUCAAAAAUUAUCCUAUAAAUAUGAGACAUCAACGUUUUGACAAAUACGAUUCGACUAUAAUAAUUAUGAACACUAUCGUGCCUUUAAACCAACUUGUUAGUGUGUUGUAAAUUGUAUCUUUUCUUUUUUUAAAUUUUGUUGGUGGCCUGCACCCAGAAACAGGAAAGCAGAACCAGGCGUUUUUCUUUCAAUGUGUUUCUCAAUUCUUUUUUUAAUUCUCUUCCUCAUCAUCUAUUCAUCUAAUUUUGAAACUAAUUUUCCCCAUCUUUCCGCCUGUUUCUCAUCACCGUCCUCUCCUGCCGACGCCAUUCGUAUUGAUACAAACUAGUCACCUUGUCUUUUGAUUACGUAUGAUCUGUGUUUGAUUGGAAAACAAAAAUAGGCCAUCGCGCCUCACCCUCCGUACCGCCCAGCCCUUUGUCUACAUCCUCCAUUUCCUCCGAAUUUGUUAGUUGACUUGGAUUUAUUUCUCUUUUAUUUAUAACGAAUUUUUUUCUUUCAAUCGAAAGCGCGCGCGAUUCGAAAAUUGCUGAUUCCUUAUAGCCGAUUAGACGGACUAAAGAAUACUCGCCAUGUUCCGCCUUUUUUUUUCAUUUUUCUUAAAAAAUCAUUUCCUAUUCUCAUGUGUCCAAUCCUCUAUUGUACAGUCCUUCCCUACACCAUCCCUUUUUUUUUUCCGCACAUCUUCUGCAAGACAUUGAAGACAAGUGGAAGAAGAUUCCCUUAUCCCGCUCUCAUUAUGUUGAUAUCAAACUUUAUAUAUAUAAAUAUAUUAUAUAUGUAGCAGCAAGCAGCGACAAGUAUCCCAUUGUAAACAUGUGUACAUGUUUUUGUUCGUGUUUAAUUUUUUUUUUUUUUGUCUUCAUUUUGAUAAUUUUUUGUUUGUUUUUUUUUUUUUCAAAAAAAUGCCAAUUUUUUCUUGUUUCUUUUUCUCUUUUGGGUUCUAUGAUGGCGUGUUUGUGUGUAUGAAUGCGUGUUAUUUUGUCUUCGGGAGGGCAGUACGAACACGGGACUAUAUGGGUGGGCAUUUUUGAAUUUCUGUUGAAAAAAAAAAGGGGGUGGGGAGGGCGGAGUUAGAACGCAACCAUGUUUGAUUAUAUUUCUUUAUCCCCCAUUUGCUCGUGUCGGUAAAGCAUAAUACCAGCCAAUAAAAUAAAAGAGAAAAGACGUUACAAAAAGAA